AGGAUAACGUGACAUAAAAAUGGCAACUUUGCAACCACUUUAUUAAAAUAAAAUAAAAAAAGUCCCCAUUUCCGUACUCACAUUCCCAAGAUUUGUUGGCUUAAAGGACAAACAAACACACCGCAGAACUGGAAAAAAAAAAGAAGAGGAAAAGGAUAAAAAAUGUCUCCUACAAAUCCCAGCGAAUGCGUCUGCGGCGGAGGCGGAGCUGGUGCCGCUGAUCGGGAAGGCGGAGGCGGCGGUGGAGCUGAACGAGACGCGGAGGAAGCUGAACAGCUUCCGGAUUUGCGCGCUGUGCACCUGCUGCGCCGCCGGGAAGGGCUACUGCCUGCCGUCUCCCUGCUGCUAUGCCAUCAAUUGCAACAUACCAAACAGGCCCUUCGGUUUCUGCUCCUUCACGCCCAAGACCUGUAAUUGCCUUGGCUGCCAUCUCUAAUUACGUUCCAUGUUUUUUUUUUUAAAAUUUGUUUUUUUUUUAAAAAAUUAUUAUUAUUUCUCCCUGCUUAAUUUAGUACGAAAAAAAAAUGAAAUUUACCAAUUUGAAGGAAAGUAAAUUAGACUUUAAUCG